GAGCCAAGUUGAAGAUUGGGGAGCUGGUUUCCACCUUGAGCCACAAAGAUGGUGAUAAAUGUUUGCCUCCCGCAAUUCAAGCCAAGAAUUCACUGCAACAAGAUCUCUGCUGACGGAUACGAAGUAGAAAACCUGGUCUCAGAAGACCUUGCCAAACGAAACCGAGGCUUCCGCUGCGAAUACUUCAUCAAGCCCCCAGUCCACGUGACACUCUCUUUCCCCUUCAACAUAGAAAUCUUCCGGAUUAAUAUAGACGUCUCCUCCGGCGGCUAUCAGAACAUCACCGGGCUGGAUAUUUUCACAUCUACCUCACCCAGCAAAGCCUCUUGGAGCAACUCGGACUCUCCCUUCUCAGGUCUGGAUGCUCAGCCCCCGUUGGACAAGGAAGCUUUCACGCUGGUGGGCAAAGCGGUGCUGAAGAAUCAAAGCAAAGUGACCUUCAGCCACCGAGGCUUCCGUCCGAGGCUUCCAUUCCAUCAGCAGAUGGACACUCUCUUCUCCUUCUCUGGCUCGGCGUCUCUGGACCUGUGGAACAAAGGCCCGAGCUCCCUGAGCUGCGUCUCGCACUUGAAGAUCUGCAUCACCCAUGUGGCUGGUGGCGGUCUCCCUUGCAUCAAGAAAGUGGAGGUUUGGGGCCAGCCGGCCAAAUCCUGCCCCCACGAGGUGGUGGACGACGUGCUGCGGGUCAUGCAAGGCUUUGGAGGACAGGCUGCCGGCCUCCCGUCGCCAAUGGAGAGCGACCUGGCGCCCUUUGGCAACCCGGACAGCCAGGAGCAGAAGCUGAUGGACGCCAUCCCGGACAUUCCCGAGGAGUUCCUGGACCCGAUCACCCUGGAGGUACUGACUCUCCCCAUGCUGCUGCCCUCGGGGAAAGUGAUCGAUCACAGCACGCUGGAGAAGUGCAACCGGAGCGAGGCGUCCUGGGGGAGAGUGCCCAGUGAUCCCUUCACAGGGGUGGCCUUCAGCCAGCACUCGCAGCCCCUGCCCCACCCCUCUCUCAAGGCAAGGAUAGACCACUUCCUGCUCCAGCACAGCAUUCCCAGCACUCGCCUCCUGGGGAGGGCUCAGGCCACGGGGACGGUGGUUGCUUCAUCCAUAGCCAUGUCUUCCCUCAAAAGGAAAAUGGACCUCGUAGAGCAGAAGCCGGGCGACCAACGCAGCAGCAGCACGGAGCCCUUCCGUUUCCCCGCGACAAACUUUGUUGCCACGUCUACCUCUGAGUCCCGUGCUAAAAAAAUGAAAACAGAGUGCGAUGCCAACUCCUCCCAGAUGGACUGCUCAACAGAUCUGCUUUCUCACGAACAGAGGCUUUCGGACAGUUUAGAUAGCGCCUUGAACUCGGCGCUCAGCUCCAUGCCGCUGUUCACAGCUAGCUUGACGAAAGGCCAGCAGCAACCACACACCGGCGGCAGCUGCCCUGACCCGUGGAACGCAAGCAGUGGACACGAGCACAGUAGGAGUGACUCCACCCAAGGGUGCUCUUCCUGCUCCCGGACCUUCUCCGUGUACUUCAAAACGGAGCCCAUUUACCAGCUCCCUUGUGGCCACCUGGUGUGCCGCUCUUGCUUGGCCGAGAAGCAGAAGUCCUUAUCGAUACUGUGCAUGAGUUGCAAGAGGCUAGUUGCCACGCACGACAUCCUGAGGGUCCACUUCUGACACCGUUCUCACGGCGCUUUCUCUGGAAUUUGGAUGAUCCAACACAAAAAACAAAAGUGAGCUGUUAGGGGGAUGGGGGACGACCAAGGAGGAGAGGAGACCCGUGGCUGUUCCACACGCUCCUCCCCAUCUCCUUUGAGUCGCGCCAGGAUGGGAGACCUUGCAAAAGGAAACUGCGGGGUUCUGAAGAGGACUUUGCUGCCCUUGGAGAGAAUCUCGAUGCAGCUACAGUGCUGCGCGUUGUGCCAGAGCUAAAGCGAUCAAAGGAUAAUAAAGCCAUAUGCUUCUCUAAUUUAAAAAGGUCAUUUGUAUAAGUGGUGUGUCCAUGUAACUGUGCUCCCAUUAUUUUGCUACUUUCCAGGUGGCUCAGGCCUUGGCGGCAGCUUGUUCCUCAGGAAGCGGCUGUGUUGCUCACUUCCCCUGCCUUCUGGUCGAUAGAGAGAGCUUUUUGGUUAUAGAAAGGAAAGGUGGUUAAGGAAAGCCUACCUGAUGUGGCGCCUGCCACUUAAUUUGACUUCCAACCUUUGGGGGGGGGGGGGAAGCUUGCAGAAAACGUAGGUUGCCUCUUCCAAAAACCAAGUAAUUCUCCAUAUGAGACGCUUGAACGAUGACAGUGGCAAUUUCAUUAGUUGUGCAAUCUGUAUAAAAAGUCAGCGUGUUUACACACAAACACAAGCACACACACAUCUGUUGUCACUCUUGAUUUCUGUUGUGCAACUGGAGAGGGUUGGCUAUAGCAGCAGGGGAAAAUGAUAAGCCUUAAUAAAAAUGAUGGUCAGGAGUUGCUGAUCUCCUUUGGACUUUCAAAUCUCGUGGUUUUUUUUUUUUUUACACAAGGGAAAGUGUUUAUUUUAUUGCUAAUGCACAAACCACCUUUCAGUGGAAUUGCCCUCCCAAUACAGUGUGCAAAAUAAAUAUGCAUUAAAAAAAAUAAAUUAAAAUCUACAUCAUUCCCCUUCAGUUGAGCAACAAAACGUCAUUAAAGACAUAAUCAUAAGCAGAUUGAAAUGAGGAUGUCUUUAGCGUUCUUUUAAAAGUCACUGGUGAUGGGGGACCAUACUUUCUGGGAGAGGACCUUUCAUACAUAUAGGGCCAACCACUAAAAAGGCCCUGCUGCUAGAACACACCUCUCCCAAUGUAAGUACACACCUUAUUUAAAUCCCUCUUCCCCGCAAACCUAGUUAGAUUUUAUUUAAUAUUCUGUUCCACUUUUCCAACAACAAAUGUAGAGCUCAAAGUGGCUCAUGAUAAUCACAAAAGCAUUAAGAAACAACAAACUUUACAAUCACUAUGCUAUCAAACGCAAUAACAUAUAUGAACGUACGAAGGUGCCUUUCAGCGACAGCUAAGGCCACUGGUUCUUGCCCUGUUGUCCUCUCUUAAGACUGGUAGCUGUUGGACAAGAUCUGACGCCUUGGUCUUUUCUGGCCAGCUGACUUGUUUUUAAUUGGUGAUGAGGAUGUUGGUGGAACCUGAUACCUUCCAUAAUCAGAGCAGGUGACUCCCUCUGGAGAGGUACACCCCCUUGUACACCCAGCCAUUGUAGCUAAAGCACAUUUGGAGGAGUGGGCUUCCUAGAGUGGAAUUCUCCCAAGCAAUCUUCAAUAAGGACAUUCGUGUUGCUUUUUCAUUGCUGCCCUCCAUGGCAUCCAUUAGUUGCGAACGUUCAGUGGGAGAGAGUUUAAUGUUGCAACCCUGCCUGCGAAUAGAUGCUCCCUGUUGUCCUAUAAGUGCUCCGCCAUACCUCAUUUGAGGACGUUUGCCAAACAUAGGCAGGCUUUGCUUGGGCCGAGAGUGCUGCCUGAUGUCCACCUUAAAACCCAGCCAUUUUUCUGCCUUUUCCGCAAUGGUCACUUCACUGCUAUAGCAAACAGCAAAUCCCAUUUGUAUGGAAGGCCAGGAGCAUAGUUUACAACAGGCAUCCCCAAACUUCAGCCCUCCAAAUGUUUUGGACUACAAUUCCCAUCAUCCCUGACCACUGGUCCUGUUAGCUAGGGAUCAUGGGAGUUGUAGGCCAAAACAUCUGGAGGGCCGCAGUUUGGGGGUGCCUGGUUUAUAACAUGCACGUACUGUGAUACAUUUGCAUCUCCAAGCCCGAGCUACUCAACCACUGAUUGUGUGAACUCUCCUUGAAAAGCAGUGAGUGGCAUUAGGACUGGACGAAAGAAAGAUUCCUAAACAUUAAGAAAGAAAGAAGAUUCCACCUUAAACAUUAGGAAGAACUUCCUGACAGUAAGAGCUGUUCGGCAGUGGAAUUUGCACCAAGGAGUGUGGUGGAGUCGUCUCCUUUGGAGGUCUUUAAGCAGAGGCUUGACAGCCAUAUGUCAAGAAUGCUUUGAUGGUGUUUCCUGCUUGGCAGGGGGUUGGACUGGAUGGCCCUUGUGGUCUCUUCCAAUUCUAUGAUUCUAUCUGGCUUUCAAUAUAAUGAUAUAUCACCAGCUAACCAUCACAAUACACCGAUAUAUCAUGAUGUCUGAAAUAGAGAUGGGAAGGCCUGGGGAGAACCGGAAAAAAUGGGGAAGAAACCCAGUUUUUUUCCUCCCCCCCCCAAAGCCGUUUUUUUUCUGGAAAAAAUUGGGGGGGGGGGUUGGAAUAUUCAAACUAUAUUAAACUGUGUUUUUUCUUCUUCAGUUUUUCCAGGGGGGGAAAUGGUUUUUUUGGGGGGAAUACUGUCGUCCCCCUCCCCCAAUUUUUCCGGGGUUUUUCCAGGCCUUCCCAGCUCUAGUCUGAAAUAAGGAUGGAAUUAUUUAGAGGCACUGGCUGGCUUUCCCCCCACACUGUGAUUUUUGCAUCAUGCACACACAUCAUGAUUCACGAUAUAUUGCCAGGUCAAAAAUUAUGAAACCGAUAUCACAAUGUGGACUUCAAACCUGUUUUGGAUGAUAUAUCGCCCAGCCCUAGGUGAUUUCCACAGGCUUCUGCAACAGGACUUCCGGUUUCUCUUGGCCCCCUUCAGCUGCCUCUGUGUCCGCCCUCCCCCCCAAUGUCAAGGGCUCCCCCCAACUCACCAGAGCAGAUUUUGAGGGUGCCUAGAGGACAACAGGAGGAAGAAGAAGCCCAGUUCAGUGGGCCAACAGCCACACAUGCUAUGGUAGGUCUCACCUAGUAUGUUUGAGCUGAGAGGAGGUAAUUGGGGAAAGUUAUUAUUGUUCUUCCUAAAAAUUUGUAUGCUGCCCUAUACCUGUAGAUCUCGACUUCCGGUCUGUCGCGGCGGAGAGAAGGACGCAGGGACCUCGCGCGCCGAUGUCCCUGGCUUCGCGGGGGGGGGGGGGAAGUCCGCAGAGCGAGCGGAUUCCCCGUAAAAACACCGGGUAGAGAGUCCCGGUGACUCACGUGCCCAGCGGUUGCUCCGUUUUUUGCGGAUCCCCCGCUGCCCGAGAGCUCAAUAGAGCAAUCGAGAGCCGGCGGGGUGGAACUGCGGGAGCCAUUUUGGGCUAUAUCUUACCUCCGAGAAGUGAAGCUCCGAGUCCUGACCCGGCAAGCGGCAGAUUUUUCCGAACAAAUUUAAACUUCCAAAAAGUAAGUGGAAUUUGCGAUCACGGACUUUAAAUUCGUUAAUUGGAAAAUAGGAGAGGCUUUAAAGAAACGGAAGUCGGUCUCUUCCUAAUGGAAAACUGGGAGGCGCUUUAAAUAAUCUUAAGCUGAGCGACAAAAGGCAUCUGGGACUGUGGACCCGAGAGAAAGAAAGACUUUUUUGAACCCUCUCAACUCCCGAGUCCGGCACCCCUUGAGGUACAGCAUUAUCAAGGGGGAGAGUGCUUUGACAGCUAUCAAAAGCUGUCAAGCUGUCAAAAGACCGGGUGGAUUUAUUGCAAUGUUGAAAUCAGUAAAAAUUGACUGAAAAUGUGGUAGAACUAUUCAAUAUUGGAAUUAAGAAUGGAGUUGUGAUUGAGUUAAAAGACAAAGGAAAAGAACAGCCAAAAUGGAGUCGACCGUCUGAGGAAGGAAUUUUCCAGCACCUCUUUGUUCUCCACCUCCUGUUUGUCUGCGGUCAGGAGAAAUAUGAAAACAAAGUACUCUCGAGCCUUCCAGGAGGCUGUGCAAAACUAUCUACAAAUAUGGGAGGAUAUUUACAAGGAACGGCAACAUCCCAAUUUACCAGCAGUCGAGGAUGAAGUCCAAGUCCAGGACUUAGAGGAAAAUUUGAUUUUGGAGACUGUGGAGAUUGAAUCUGGAUGUCAGGAGAAACAACUAGAUGAAAAUUUUAAAGAGGACUUGGACUAUAAAAAAUAUGUUCGGGAUGAAGCAAAGCAUGGACUUCAAAAGGAAGAAAAUCAAGCAGAGCAAGAAAACGAGAAGCAAAAGAAUUUGAGGAUUAAUGGACUGGAAGAUCCUGGAGGGGUUGAAAUGUGGGG